AUGGCCUCGAUGACAGCACCCCCCCAUCAGUACCCUCUGGUCAAGCUACCUCAUCCUUUUUUGACUGCAUACAAAGUCAACAUUGUGUCUUCAAGCUUCCCAGCCAGACGAGUGUUGCAUCUGGAAGAGCAGCCCUCCAAUGGAAAGGCACCCACCGAGGCAUUGCACUCAGACUCGCUGACAUGGCUGGACCUGCACACCACACUCAAGGAGUCUCACCCUCCGCUCAAUGAUAACAGCGACUGGGCUCGCGCUGUUCGCGGCCCACAAACCACCUUCAAGUGGCCUGAGAGCACUGCACCAACCCUCGGUCAAGUGUGGAAUGCCGUCCACGCCAUCUACCUCGCAUACCCCAACACCGAGCACUUCCGCCUGACGCUCCAAGGAGCUCAGAAACAAUCUCUCCACGACGAGCUACUAGCCACCGGCCUCGCCAUCGAACACCCCAAAGCCUGGCACCUCCCCAACGACUCCAUCCCUCGCACCACCGAACUCCUCAUCCUCCGCAGCGCCUUCUGGCAAGGCGCCGCAUCCCCAACUGGUCCCCGCCCCAUCUGGGUCCUCGGCGACGGUAUCGACAAGCAAAUGCGCACGCCUCUUUCCAACUAUCCUGUCAUGCCCGAGAACCACCACUUCACCAUGAAGUUCCCGUCCGAACGCGUUUACGCCCGCCAUCCCAUCCGCCGCCCCAAGCCCGCUCCCCAAAGCAUCUGCUACUCGCGCUACAUCCCCGAAGUAAACCAACACUUCUCCCUCGAAGUCGUAGACUGGCAAUCCCCCGAACACCUGCAACUCUUCCACGAAUGGCAAAACUCCCCUCGUGUAGCCAAAGGCUGGAACGAAACCGGAGACUUGGAACACCAUCGCAAUUACCUCAGAAACUUGCACUAUGAUCCUCAUGUGCUGUGUCUCUUUGGCCGCUUCGACGACACAAGAUUCUCCUACUAUGAGCUUUAUUGGGCGAAAGAAGAUCACUACGGCGCUCACUUUGACGCUGGCAACUACGAUCGUGGCCGCCAUUCUCUCGUCGGCGAUGCAUCGUUCCGCGGCGCCAAGAGGGUGAACGCGUGGUACUCCUCUUGCAUUCAUUAUUGUUUCCUCGACGACCCUCGCACUGCAAAUGUAGUUGGCGAGCCCAAAGCUUCUGGAAGUAUCAUCUUGAGCUAUGAGCAGAGUCAAGGGUUGGCGAUUGGAAAGUUUGUGGAUCUGGGGCACAAGAGGAGUGUGCAUAGUGUGGCUAGUAGGGAGAAAUGGUUCCAGCUGUGUCCGGUGUUUUGGGAUGGGAGAGAGAGGCCUUUGGAGAGUGCCGAUAGAGCUGCUUGGGCUGCCAAGUUGUAG